UUUUGCCCGACAUAGAGUUCGGCAGAGUUUUUCCUUUUUCAAGCAGAAAACCUGCCAUGCUAUCUUGAGAUGUUGCUCCAGUCGCUCGUGGCUGCGGCCGCCCCCACACCCGCGAUGCCCGCUUUCCGCCUGCGGAAACUUCGCGGGAAGAAGGCGCAGCUGCUGCACUGGAGGUCAGAGAUCCCUGAUCUCUCUGUUCCCAAGAGCCGUUUUGCCGCACGGUGUCCGGCGCGGUGUCCGGCCGCAUUGGGGGUGAUUCCAGUGCUCUAUGGGUUGAGGACGCAGCCUCCGCGACGCCUUCGUCGCCCGCGCACGCGGCAGCCGCGACCCUCGUUGAGACGAGGGGCUUCGGCGUUGGACACCCGUUCCGUCGAAGCUCCGAUCGAUCUGGCAGCACAGGAGAGGAUGCGGCGCUGGUGCGAAGAAAACGCUCCCGCGCCAGUCGGCACCGCCCGCGAGCGGUCUGAGCUGCGUGGGCGAAUCCUGGAGGCCGUCGACGUCUUGGAGGCUGGCUUAGUGGAGAGAUCGCUGGAAGCCCGAAUCUUGCUGCUGGCAGCGUUUUGCGGUGAACAUUUGCUUCUCCUGGGGCCACCCGGGACCGCUAAAAGCUUGCUGGCGCGGCGCUUGGUGCGCUUCGUGGGGAGCGACGCUGUGUUCUUCGAGCGCUUGCUGACGCGCUUCUCGGUGCCGGAGGAGCUUUUCGGGCCUUUGUCUUUGAAGGGCCUGGAGAACGACCAGUACGUACGGCAGACCACGGGCUACUUGCCCGAGGCGUCCAUCGCCUUUGUGGACGAGAUCUUCAAGGCGAAUAGCGCCAUUCUGAACUCGUUGCUCUCCAUCGUCAACGAGCGCGUCUUUGACAACGGCCCCGACCGUGUCUGGGUGCCGCUCCGAUGCCUGGUGUGUGCCUCGAACGAGGUGCCUGAAACCGAGGAGUUGGAUGCCCUCUACGACCGCCUCCUCUUCCGCCUGGUGGUGCGCCCCGUGUCCGACGCCGCGCUCGGCGAGCUCCUCCGCGUGACCCGCGCCGGUGUGGAGCCGCGAGCCGAUGCAGCGGACAGUGAGGUGACCCCUUUUCCACUGAGCUUGGAGGAUGCCGCGCAAGCGUUGCGCGGUGCGGCCACGGUGACGCUGAGGGAGGAGGUGGUGGAGAUCUUCAAGGAUGCGCGCAGCUACCUCACGUCAAAGAAGGAGGUGGUCUCCGACCGACGCCUGGGGCAAGCGGCGCGGAUGCUGCAGCUGGUCGCGUGGACCUGCGGACGGCGUGAGGUGGAACUCUGCGAUUGUGCCCUUCUGGCACAUGUCCUUUGGAGCACCUUGGAUCUCAUGCAGCCCUUCCAGCACUGGCUCCGCGGGCGCCUGGCGCGCGGCGCGCCGCGCCCGGCGGCCUCGCCGGCGCGCGCCUUGCGCGGGCUGUUGGGUGGGCUGGUGGAACGGGUGGAGAGCGAACGAAUCGAGCUGGACGAGUUGGGGAAAGAGCUGAAAGUCUUUGAAGAGGUUGUGCAGAAGGAGAUCCUGGAGAAAGAGAGGCAGCAGGCACUGCUUCGUGAGCAUUGCUGGCUGGCGCCGGCGCAGCAAGAGGAACUCAUAGAAGCCAUUGAGGAGGAGCUGGAACAGGGCAGCAGGGCGUUGCUCUUGGAGGUCUAUCGCUUGGAAGAAGUACGGGAGUCCAUGCCUGGGGAGCUGGCCAACUAUGCGAGGGAGCGGCGGAGUCAAGGAGAGCUGCCUGCGACGGAUCCGAUGCCUGGAUCCAGAAGCUUCGUCCAGAAGCUUCAGAGGCCCAUCUGGAUUCACAGCAGUCGAAUCCCCCUUUGUUUCGGCUGCCAAGCCUCUGAGCCCGAAACGAAGUCCAGCAGCGCAACCAUGUGCAAGCUCUUGCCGACAUGACGUGUCUUCUUCUUUGGGGCCCCCGAGAAACCACUUGGGGAAUUUGCAUGAAUUUUGGAGAUACUUUUGCCAGGCGUUUCUCCCGGCACUGAAACGUUUCACCCGUAGGUUCACCGUGCAUCUCAAAUCACACAGAACGGAUGGACGGACGGACGGACGGAUGGAUGGUUUAGGAGACCCCCGGACAAAUGGGAUGGGACUCGUUUCACCCGGUUUCCGAUCCAGGAAGCGACUAGUGACUAUAUAAUCUUGGGCCGAGAAAGAUCUUGUGAAGGAGCCAAGGACCCCGGCAACUGAUCUGGGUGACCGAACUCGGUGAGUCAGACCAGUAGACUCUUGAUCAAUCAGCCACCCCAACAUGAAGAGGUUCAAAAUGGAGGGGUUUAUGAAUCAAGAGUCCGACCAUUCGUCCGACCAUUUGAGACUGCAGAGACGACAUGGACCUCCGGAUGAUCCAAGAGCCGACGGUCGGAUGCACUGAGGACUGAGCCACAGACCUUCAAACUGGGCAAGCACAAGGGCCGCAGCUUCAGCGAUGUGGCUGAGAACGAUGUGGACUACUGCCGGAUGGUGGAGCGGAAGCUCGCGGAAGGCAGCUUCAGCGGCGACGCGCCUUUGGACCGGCAAGUUCGUGCCUUUGUGGCUUAUCUGAAGAGCCGAUGAGCAGGUGCUGGGUGCUGUGUGCGCCGGCAAAAAAGGAGGUUGAGG